UUCCAUUUUGCCGCCAGCAAAAACCCUCUUUCUCUGCGUUAACUCGAGCAAGCAUGGCAGCAAACGACGCCGUUCUCCUCCGCUCUCUGGAGCUCCGCCUCCUCCGCUGCUCUAUACCCUCCGACGCCGUGGAAUUGCUGCAAUCGCCAAUCGAACCCUCGCCUGAAUUUCCUCACCUACACUCUCUCCUAAACGACGUCGUGCUUCUAAUAGAAUCAGGCGAGUAUCGUCAAGCCCUCGCCUCCUCAUCCGCUUCUGAAGCCUUAUUUUCCAGUCUCCAUCUCGACUCGCUCGAUUCCGCUCAACGCUUCUACUCCGAGCUGCUCCCCGAGUGCGUCAGCUCGUUUUUGAAUGUCAGCGGCAGCGAGGAUUCAGUGGAAUUGGGUUAUAAAGCGUUGAUUGUGAUGGCUAUCGCGGUUGCUUCUUUGCUUGCCUUCAAUCAGUGUAACCUUACAGGGCCAUCGGUUAGUGUUCCUUUGAUGCCACUUGCAAAAUUGUCGAUCACUGAGUAUAAAAAAGUUGGUGAUGAAUGGAUGGAGUGGGAAGCAUGGGCACACAAGGAACUCAUGUCUGUUGGUUCUGACCUUUGUGCCAAAUUCUCUAACUUGCAGUACUUAAUUUUCGGAAAGACUCUUCUGCUCAAGAUGAAAGAUGCCCUAUUUGAAGAAAGUCUUUCUUCCAUAGAUGGAAUAAGAAGCACAUCCUGGUGGCUGGCCAGAGCUUUGUUCUUGCAUCAAAAGUUGUUGGAUGAACGUUCAUCUUCUCUUUUUGAUCUGUUACAAGUCUGUAAAAAUGAAAGUUUCUCGUAUUUGGGCACCUUAGAGAAGAUUGAAGAGUAUUGGUGUCCGAAUGAAGACUGUUCUACUAUCCUGUCUCUCCUCCAGCUAGAAGCAGGGAUGGUGGAACUUUAUUAUGGGCGUGUAGAUACUUCCAAGCGGCACUUUGAAUUGGCUGCAGAGGUGUCCAACUUUAACUUUUAUCUGACUGGUGCUCUGGGAUUUCGGACUGUGCAUCAGGUGGAGCCAAAAGCACAGCUUCUUCUUGUUACUGGAACGAAUAAUGGAAGUGCCAAGUCCAGCAGUAAUACCAAUUCCCCACCUGCACAAUCUUCUGAAAAUGAAGCUUCUGAUAUAUUAAUGACCCCCAGAUUCGCAGUAGAUGAGAAAAACUCUGAAAGUGUUGAGCAGGAUGCUAAACAGCAUUCUGUUGCAGCCACUUCAUUGACUGCAACACAGCAGGCGUUAAUUCUGGCACAAUGUCUUUUGGUUGAAAAAAAAGCGCGCAAUGAUGAAAUGCAAAAGUGGGAAAUGGCUCCAUAUAUAGAGGCUAUUGAUUCUCAGAGUCCAUCUCCAUUCAUGCUUCGGUGUUUUUGCAACUUAUUGCGUGUCCGAUGGGAAUCAAGUCGUAGUAGAACAAAACAGCGAUCAUUGAUGAUGAUGGAACAACUGGUGGAAGGUGUAUACAAUCAUUCUCCUGGUCCUGGAGUUGCUGAAAGAUUAUAUUACUGCUUUGGAAUGAAUAUGCCUCCGAUUCCUGCACUACGCAAGGAAUAUGGUGAUCUUUUGGUAAGUUGUGGCUUGAUUGGGGAAGCUCUUAAGAUUUAUGAGGAUCUUGAGCUAUGGGAUAAUCUGAUAUACUGUUACCAGCUAAUGGAUAAGAAAGCAGCAGCUGUUGAACUCAUCAAGAAACGCCUAUGUGAAAAGCCAUCUGACCCAAGGUUAUGGUGCUCUCUUGGUGAUGUUACAAAUGACGAUGCUUCCUAUGAGAAGGCUCUUGAAGUCUCGGGACGACGUUCUGCGCGAGCAUAUCGUUCUCUUGCUCGCUCUGCCUACAACCGAGGAGAGUAUGAGAAGUCAAAAAUCUUAUGGGAGUCUGCUAUGGGUUUGAAUUCUUUGUAUCCAGAUGGCUGGUUUGCGCUUGGUGCUGCUGCCUUAAAGUCUAAGGAUGUUGAUAAAGCACUGGAUGCUUUUACACGUGCAGUUCAACUUGAUCCUGAAAACGGAGAGGCUUGGAAUAAUAUUGCUUGUUUACAUAUGGUGAAGAAGAGAAGUAAGGAGGCUUUCAUUGCAUUUAAAGAAGCACUAAAGCUGAAGCGAGAGAGCUGGCAAAUGUGGGAGAACUAUAGCCAAGUUGCUGUUGAUAUUGGAAACUUAAGCCAGGCGAUGGAAGCUGUACAAAAGGUGCUGGACUUGACUAAUAAGAAACGAUGCGACUCUGGGUUGUUAGAAAGAAUCAUGCUCGAAAUUGAAGAACGCACAUUGAAUAGUCAGUCAGAGUCUAAUGUGGCAAAUAGUGAUAGUAGUCAUACUGACCCUGCCAAUGUUAGCUCAAAUGUUGCUAAUGCCAAUGGAGGAGCACAUGGUUUGCAAAUUGACUCUGCCAGAAGCAGGGAAGCUGAGCACCUAAUUGAAUUGAUUGGCAAAAUCUUAAGACAGAUUGUUCAAAGUGGUGGAAAUGCUGACAUAUGGGGAUUAUAUGCUAGGUGGCACAAACUGAAAGGAGAUCUCGCAAUGUGCUCCGAGGCUCUACUUAAGCAAGUUAGAUCAUAUCAAGGAUCAGAUUUGUGGAAGGACAAGGAUCGAUUUGUGAAAUUUGCAAAUGCUUCCUUGGAACUGUGCAAGGUGUAUCAGGAACUUGCUUUGCGUGGCAACAGCCGUAGAGAACUGUUUGCUGCUGAGAUGCAUUUGAAGAGUACAAUAAAACAAGCUAUAGAUCUUUCUAACACUAAAGAAUAUGGAGAUCUUGUAGCUUGCCUUGAAGACGUACAACGGGUGCUGAAAGCUACAUGAUUGCCUGGUGCAUGAAGCUUCUACUCGGCCUUUUCUGGUUGAUUCUCUCUGACUAUAUAUGGUCAAGUGUGAUUGGAGGAGUAAGAUGGUGUAGCUAAGUCCAUUUAAGUUAAGGUUUUGCAAUGCUCAUGGAAUCUUAUGAGUAGGAUGUCAUGAUUGAAAGGGGUGCUCAUUGGGUCGAGCUUGGGAUCAACCAGUUUGAAGCCCUCUGGGCAAGAGACUUUCUUUCUGAAGCUGCUUCAGACACCCGUGUGCGAGCCUGUUAACAACGAAUUCCCUCCAACAUCUGGCAUGUAUACACGAUACCCUGUCGUUAUCAUCAGAAAGAAGUCAACUUUGAGCUCCAAAAUUGUUGUAUACUAUCCUAUAUUUUGUUGCCUUUCAUGUCAAUUGUGUCUGCACAUCUUUCUUUUGUAUCCUUUAUAUUUACAUGUAGGGGCUUCUCUCUCAUGUGUUUAUACCUUGACCAUGCUUAUGAAUUAUGCGUAUGACAAUUCAUAAUUAUUGCUUCA